AUGAAGCUCACUCAAACCUUCACUCUCCUUAUCGCCGCGGCUUCGGCUGCCGCUAUCGACAAAAGAGCAGUGAUAGCCCACGAUGCAGUUGUAGGCUUCUCUCAGACAGUCCCGUCUGGCACAACCGGCGACCUCUACCUCAAAUACAAGCCAUACCUAUCUCGCGAGAGCGGUUGCGUGCCCUACCCUGCUGUCGAUGCCGAAGGCAAUACCAGCGGCGGCCUGAACCCUACCGGCGACCCAACAGGCGACUGUCUCGACUCGACCGGUCAGGUGUACAGUCGAUCGACAACAUACAAUGGCGCCUACGCCAUAAUGUACGCCUGGUACUGGCCCAAAGACUCGCCCUCAACCGGGCUCGGCCAUCGCCACGACUGGGAAAGCAUCGUCGUCUGGCUCUCGUCCGCUUCAACCUCCGCAACCUUGAACGGCGUGGCGGUGAGCGGACACGGAGAGUACGAGACGAGCACGAGCCCGAACUUGAGUGGGACGAGGCCGUUGAUUAGGUAUUAUAAUACUUGGCCGGUGAAUCAUCAGUUGGGGUUUACGAGUACGGUCGGGGAUGAGCAGCCCCUGAUUGCGUGGGAGAGCUUGCCCAGCGCUGCGAGCGAGGCGUUGACGAGUACGGAUUUCGGUGAUGCCAACGUGCCGUUCAUCGAUUCCAACUUUGAGAACAAUCUCGCCACGGCGGCGUUGUAG